UCACCUCCUGCCUUCAUCGCCGAACAGCUGUAGAGGGGCGCGCAUUUUCUCCCUCAACGCGCGAGUGCACAUUCUUCAUGACUUCUUGCACCGACUCAACAUUGUAAUAUUCUUCUUCUCCCCUUUCGUUUUCCACCAUUCCGUCAGCGGAACUCGAGUGACGAAUUUCAGCCCCCCAAAGAACGAACACCUCACCCCAUUGCGAACACGUUUCUUCCUGCGCACGCAUCUGCUCUCGCCCAGCCAUUUCUGACGAGCAACCACUAAAUUUGCGAGUCGGCCAUCCACAAUGGCGACUCAGGCGCGUACCACGGGCGCGGACGGCCACGCUCAGGCUGAGGAGCUGCGGAGGAGAAAUAUCUCUGGACAAGCCUCUUCCACUGGGCCUUCCGCGGCAGCGGCACCAGUCUCAGAGAAGUCAAAAGAGAAGCCUUUUAGCAUCAUCUCCUGCCUCGACGAGUACGAAUUCAUAUGGGCCCCGUUGUUAUUCACGGCCCUUGCCUUCUUCACCCGCAUGUGGAAAAUCGGACUGUCGCCGAUAGUUACCUGGGACGAGGCACAUUUCGGAAAGUUCGGGUCCCACUACCUGAAGCGCGAGUUUUACUUCGAUGUCCACCCUCCUUUGGGGAAAAUGCUGGUCGGUUUGUCCGGAUAUCUCGCUGGGUAUAACGGGUCAUUUGAAUUCAAGUCCGGAGAGACUUAUCCCGAGGAACUCAACUACACCUUCAUGCGUCUUUUUAACUCGGCUUUCGGAGCUGUCUGCGUUCCAUUGGCCUACUUCACCGCGAAGGAGUUGAACUUCCGGAGACCUACCGUAUGGCUGGUCACCUUGGCCGUCCUUUUCGAGAACUCGUACACCACCAUUAGCAGGUUCAUUUUGCUGGACUCGAUGCUUCUGUGCUUCACAUUUACCACAGUUCUUUGCUGGGCCAAAUUUCAUCGCCUCCAACACGACCCCUUCUCUCCUGAGUGGGGUCUGUGGCUGAUGCUGACCGGGGUCUCAAUCGGGUGUGUAUGCAGCGUCAAAUGGGUCGGCUUCUUCUGCACUGCCCUCGUUGGCUUGUACACGAUCGAGGAUCUCUGGAACAAGUUUGGAGAUCUCAAAAUGCCCAAGGUUGAGCUAGCUACGCACUUGGCUUUCCGCGUGUUUGGGCUUAUCAUGAUUCCUCUCGCUGUCUACAUGUUUUCAUUCUACAUGCAUUUCCUUGUACUUGAGAAUAGCGGGCCAGGAGAUGCUCAGAUGAGCUCUCUUUUCCAGGCUAACCUUCGAGGUACAGAGGUCGGCAAAGACAGCCCACUUGAAAUUGCUUACGGCUCCCGUGCCACUUUGAAGAACAUGGGUUAUGGAGGCGGUUUGCUUCAUUCUCAUCACCAAACCUAUCCCGAGGGCUCUACACAGCAACAAAUCACCUGCUACCACCACAAGGAUGCUAACAAUGACUGGUUUUUCUACCCCAACCGCGGAGAUGUUGAGUACCAACCUGAGGAAGAGCUCCGAUUCCCUGGGAAUGGCGACACCAUUCGUCUUAUCCAUGCCCAGACCGGCCGCAAUCUCCACUCACACCAGGUUGCCGCUCCCGUCACGAAGGCGGAUUGGGAGGUUUCUUGCUACGGCAAUACCACUGUUGGCGAUACCAAGGACCACUGGGUCGUCGAAGUUGUUCGUGAUGCUGCCUCAAGGGAUUACUCUAAGCUCCGAACGUUGACUACCGCCUUCCGGUUAAGGCAUGCCGACCUUGGCUGCUACCUCCGAGCCGGCAACGUCAACUUGCCUCAGUGGGGCUUUAAGCAAAUCGAGGUGACUUGCGCGAAGGAGAAUAAUCCCCGAGACGUCUACACCCACUGGAACGUCGAGAGUCACUGGAACGAGAAGCUUCCUCCCGGUGAUCCAGGGUCAUAUAAAUCACCCUUUCUUCAAGACUUCAUCCAUCUCAACGUUGCAAUGAUGACAUCCAACAACGCCCUUGUCCCCGACCCAGACAAGCAGGAUGAUCUCGCUUCCCAGUUCUGGCAGUGGCCACUGCUCCAUGUUGGUCUUCGCAUGUGCGGCUGGGAUGACAAGAUCGUCAAAUACUUCCUCCUAGGCAACCCAAUUGUGUACUGGGGCAGCACGGCUAGCCUCGGCAUCUUCGGUAUAAUGGUCCUCUGGUACCUUAUACGCUGGCAGCGUGGUUACAAUGACCUCAAACCUGCCGAUAUUGACCAAAUUCACUACGCUGGUGUAUACCCCGUAAUUGGUUGGUUCCUGCACUACCUCCCCUUCGUCGCCAUGGGUCGUGUAACAUACGUUCACCACUAUUACCCAGCCCUGUACUUUGCCAUCUUAACGGCGGGAUUCUGUAUGGAUUGGGCAACGAGGAAAUUGAAUAAACAGAUCAAUUGGGCGAUUUUCGGAGCCUUGUAUGUGGCUAUCGUGGGCCUUUUCUGGCUGUUUAGGGCAAUUUGCUUUGGCAUGGAGGGACCAAGCAGUCAGUGGAGUCAUUUGAAGUGGUUCAGCACUUGGAGGAUCACGGAUUAAACCACCAUUACCUCUGCAUAAGCUGAUCGGGGUGUUCAACGGCUUGAGGAGCGUAAUACGUGGCUGAUAGCUCGAGGUGUUGGAUGGUAUGGAGUGGAAGCGAACAAGGGAAAAUGCCAGAUUCAGGGGGCUAGCACUUUGGAGAUGUCCAACUGUAACACUUUAGUUUCCUGUUCCUUCUUUCUUUCUUAUGUUUCCCUCUUUAUUCACUUUUUUUUUUAAGCGGCAACUAGGGAUAGGAUUAGAGACAUUAUCUGGCGGGAAGGUGGCAGGAUACACGGGUGUUAGCAAAGGGAAAUGGACAAAAUUCUGCUCUCUUGUCAGGUGGUUGCAGUUGCCAGGUCUGUGGAAAUCACUCGUGUGAUGUUUUCAACACUUGAGGUACACCAACCACAGCUGAGCUGAAAUAUUGCUAAACGUAAAUUUGGAGGAUU